AUGGACGCCCAAAGAUUUCUAUUUCUCAUCGCCAUCAUCACUUUGUGCGCCUCGUUUGUGCAUCUACUUGAUACCCAAAAUAAAAACCGCAAUACUGAUACUGUGUCUAAAUUUAAAAAAAGGCUUGUGCGCAAAAUAAAGAAUUUCCUAUCUGACAACGACCUAAAAGAGCAAGUCACCAGAAUCAAAAAAAACUUGAAUAAAAUAACACAAAAAGACCUCUUAAACAUCGAAAAAAUGUUGAUCAAAACUCUUGAAUCCCAAGAUAAAAUUAUGAGCAGCGUUGAAAAGUUAACCCAGCUUAAAGGCCUCAAAUUAUGUCCCAAGUUUUUGAAAACUUUUGAAGCCAAAAAAAAUCUAGCCAAAAACCGUCAAACCGAGGGGAUAAAUUUCCCAAACACAAUAAAAUCAUAUUUGCAAGCCAAAGAAAUUAUUUCUUCAUACCUUCAAGAUAAAAUGGACUCGAUUGAGUUGGUUGAAAAACAGUUAAAAAAAAUUGGUAAAAAUUUAUCUUCAAUCCAAACCUUGGAGCCCGACGACCAAAAUUCAAGUACAGCCACAGGUUCGAAGCUAGAUAGCUCAAAUGUUCAAAAGAAUUCUUUAUGUCUUCUCCCCAAUAUAGCUUUAUCUGACUCUUCGGAUACAUCUGACCUUGAAUUUACAUGUAGCUCUGAAUUUUCCUGUUCAGAUACAGAUAGCUCUGAAGUUUACCUUUCCUUUGACGACUGUUAG